AAGCGGCUGCCAAUGAGCUCCGCCGAGUAGCAGAGGGGGCAGGGCCAGCUCUUAAAGGAACCGCGACCUCUUAGCAGACCGGAGGGUGACCCGGAUGAUGGCGGCCGGAGCGGCUCUAGCCUUGGCACUGUGGCUACUACUGCCGCCGGUGGGGGUGGGGGGAGCAGGGCCCCCGCCGAUCCAGGACGGCGAGUUCACGUUCCUGCUGCCUGCGGGGAGGAAGCAGUGUUUCUACCAGUCUGCGCCGGCCAACGCAAGCUUCGAGACCGAGUACCAGGUGAUCGGAGGUGCUGGACUGGACGUGGAUUUCACGCUGGAGAGCCCUCAGGGAGUGCUGCUGGUCAGCGAAUCCCGCAAGGCAGAUGGGAUGCACACGGUGGAGCCCACGGAGGCUGGGGACUACAAGCUGUGCUUUGACAACUCCUUCAGCACAAUCUCUGAGAAGCUGGUGUUCUUCGAACUCAUUUUCGACAGCCUGCAGGAUGACGAGGAGGUCGAGGGCUGGGCAGAGGCUGUGGAGCCCGAGGAGAUGCUGGAUGUCAAGAUGGAGGACAUCAAGGAGUCCAUUGAGACCAUGAAGACCAGGCUGGAGCGCAGCAUCCAGAUGCUGACGCUACUGCGGGCCUUUGAGGCACGUGACCGCAACCUGCAGGAGGGCAACCUGGAGCGGGUCAACUUCUGGUCUGCUGUGAAUGUGGCCGUGCUGUUGCUGGUGGCCGUGCUCCAGGUCUGCACGCUCAAGCGCUUCUUCCAGGACAAGCGCCCUGUGCCUACGUAGCCCCAGAAGGAAGAACAGGGAAAGGAGGGGCAGCAGGGCACAUGUGUGUGAGAUAUGGGGGUCGUUUCCCCAAACUAAAGUUUCCUAUGGGAGGGGAGACCACGCAGUCACGGCCCGAGGUAUGGCCCUCAUGUAUCUCCUCCCUGCCAGGGGCCAGGCUGGAAACAUUUGUUGGCUUGGCUGGCAGGCCUGGCUGGGCCUUCCAGGAGGGACAGCUCAGAGGCUACACCUGCUUUCCUGGAAAUUGUGCAUGGGGUGGGGGGCACUGCAGCAUUUGAACGAGACCCUUGGAUAUUCUGGCCCCUUUCUGUGUCCCCUCCUGUAAAUGUGUGUGCCUUAGCCCAAGUCCCAGCCUGCACUGGCACUGCUUGGUGUGGGAUGGGGCCCAGGAAGCAAACUCUCCUUCCCCUUCCCUCCUGGCCUUCUGAGCCAGGGUCCAGUGGGAGGGGGCUUGCUGCUUGUGGGACCCCAUGCCUUUGUCUCCUUGUCACCCCACCAGAGGCCUGUUGCUGCUGCCGGGGGCGGCUCCCAGGCUGGGGGUGGCCUGCUUAUGCCAGGGACCGGGAAGGAGACAUGGCUGCAGUGUUCUUGCGAGGACAGUCACUUUAUUGAGAGGAAGGAGCCCAGCCCCUCAGCCCAGCGCGGGGUGGGCUCGGUGCGAGGUCUGGUAACAGAACUCUAGGAGUGGCGGGCUACAUGACCACCCGCCCCUCCUAGCUCUCUCUGCAGAGGCCCUGGGCAGGGCUGAGGGGUGGCCCAGCCAAAGCUUGUGCAGGAGCCUCAUGGAACAAAGGGCGGUCUGGCCUGGGCACUGGAGUCAAUAAAUUAUGGUCAGAAAAUC